UGUGCCAUCAUCAGAGGACUAUGAAGGGUUAUAGUCAGACUAAUAUGGUUCGUACUACUUUUGCAUUAACUUACUGUCAUGUUGCAACGCAAAGAUUAUGUCAUGCUGAUAAGUACUAUCGCUGGGAAUACGCAACUUCUUAGUUUUCCUACUGCGGUAAAUUUGCUCCUCCCUUCUCUAUUCGAUGGUUGGAUUACGUUUUUGUUCUCAUAUUUCCUCAUUAUGCUCCUCCACCAUCUCUUCUAUCAGCUGCCCACUCUUCUGCUUGUUUUCUGUAUCCUCUUUCUUCGACUUCAUCCUGUUCGCAUUACUUCUCUUGACUGCCAUUUCUUCCAGGGUAUGCAACAGGCCCAGCAAUGCCUCUUCUCUCGUUGUUCCGCUAUGCAGUCCAAGAUCUACAAGCUGAGGCCGACCGGGCGCUGGGCUGGUGGAAUGGGCAGUAAGGGUAGCAAGAUAGUCAUUCGAGUCGAAAUGACUUUGAUGCACGAGGACGGCUAUGUCGUAACCAGACCCAAAGACAGUGUCGGCGGUCAAUUCUACAUAGGUAAGAGUUCGGUAGUCAGCUAAGGUGACGGGCUUGGCUCUAUUUGUUGAGUUCACGCUCAUCUUGGGUCAAGGUAUUGAUGAGUGCAUGGCGAAAAGCAGAGCAUAGUCGUUAUAUACUGAGAAUUUCGUAAUAGUUUGCUCGCUUCAGCAGCAAUCACUGACGUGCCGAAUGAUCUGCCGAAUUCCAAUCACGACACAGGCUCCAGACGAUGAUACAGGUCCUCGUAAGGCGCAGAAAGAUGGCCAGGAAAGACGAUCAACCUCACUUUCGACUCAUCCAUCAACCAACUAACACACCAUCGCAGGACCUACAUCGCCAGUCUUCUCCCAUUACCACCACGAGAUGAGAACUGGGC